GGAGCGGCCGCGCGGACAGCGCCCCCUCGGGCGCCGGCACGGAUUUGUAGAAGAUCCUGGAACACAGAGGAGCAGCUGAGAGCCUUCAGACCAUUUAUUGUCUUCUCUUACAAAAUCAACUUUCAUCUUCUGGAUGUCCAAGCCUUUCACACCAAAUUUUAAGCUUUACAUUUCCUGCCUGACAACAAAUUACACUCUCGGUCUGUUGUUAUUUUAAGGGGGAGCUGAAUUCACUAGCUGACCAGCAUGGCUAAGAUUAGAUUAGUUUUAACUGUUUGCCAGGUGGUGCUAGAAUUGCUAACGAAUUCAUUAACUGAGUCUUCCGUACAGAGUAAUGAAUGUCCCCAGCUUUGUGUGUGCGAAAUCAGGCCAUGGUUUACACCACAGUCAACAUACAGGGAAGCCACAACAGUUGACUGCAAUGACCUUCGUUUAACAAAAAUCCCCAGCAAUCUUUCCAGUGACACUCAAGUCCUUCUGUUACAAAGCAACAAUAUUGCAAAGACCACAGAUGAACUCCAACUGCUAUUUAAUUUAACAGAGUUAGAUUUUUCACAAAAUAACUUCACAAGCAUCAAAGACGUGGGGCUCUCAAAUCUUACUCAGCUGACUACUUUGCACCUGGAGGAAAACCAGAUCAUGGAGAUGACUGACUACUGCUUGCAAGACCUUUGCAAUCUUCAGGAGUUAUAUAUAAAUCAUAAUCAGAUCAGCAGCAUUUCUGCAAAUGCAUUCUCUGGCCUGAAGAAUCUUUUAAGAUUACAUCUCAACUCCAACAAAUUGAAGGUUAUUGACAGCCGUUGGUUUGAUUCUACUCCUAACUUAGAGAUUCUUAUGAUUGGAGAAAAUCCGGUGAUUGGAAUACUAGAUAUGAACUUCAAACCUCUCUCCAAUUUAAGGAGUCUUGUUUUGGCAGGUAUGUAUCUCACAGACAUCCCUGGCAAUGCCUUGGUAGGCUUGGACAGUCUUGAAAGUCUUUCCUUCUAUGACAACAAGUUGGUAAAAGUUCCUCAGCUUGCACUUGAAAAAGUUCCGAAUCUAAAAUUCCUGGAUCUCAACAAAAAUCCAAUUCAUAAAAUUCAAGAAGGUGAUUUUAGAAACAUGCUUAGAUUGAAAGAGCUUGGAAUCAAUAACAUGGGGGAGCUUGUUUCUAUGGAUAGGUACGCGCUGGACAACCUGCCUGAACUUACAAAGCUGGAAGCCACCAACAACCCAAAGCUGUCUUACAUCCAUCGUUUGGCCUUUCGUAACGUCCCUGCCCUGGAGAGUUUGAUGCUGAACAACAACGCCUUGAACGCCGUCUACCAAAAAACAGUGGAGUCCCUCCCAAACCUGCGUGAGAUCAGCAUCCACAGCAACCCCCUGCGGUGCGACUGCGUCAUUCACUGGAUCAACUCAAACAAAACCAACAUCCGCUUCAUGGAACCUCUCUCCAUGUUCUGCGCCAUGCCUCCAGAGUACAGAGGACAACAGGUAAAAGAAGUGCUAACGCAGGAUUCAAACGAGCAGUGUCUUCCAAUGAUCUCUCACGAGACCUUUCCAAAUCACUUGAACUUGGACAUUGGCAUGACGGUGUUCUUAGACUGUAGGGCCAUGGCAGAACCCGAGCCAGAAAUUUACUGGGUCACUCCCCUCGGAAAUAAAGUCACUGUUGAAAGCCUCUCUGACAAAUACAAGCUGAGCAGCGAAGGCACCUUGGAAAUCUCCAACAUCCAGAUUGAGGACUCUGGGAGGUACACCUGCGUUGCUCAGAACGUAGAGGGAGCUGACACCAGGGUCGCCACAAUCCGGGUGAACGGAACGCUUCUGGAUGGCACCCAGGUCCUGAAAAUCUUUGUGAAGCAAGCUGAAUCGCAUUCCAUUUUAGUUUCUUGGAAAGUUAACUCCAAUGUCAUGACUUCCAAUUUAAAGUGGUCGUCGGCUACUAUGAAGAUUGACAACCCUCACAUUACAUACACCGCUCGGGUCCCAGUUGAUGUACACGAAUACAACCUCACGCAUUUACAACCUUCUACAGAUUAUGAAGUGUGUCUCACUGUGUCCAACAUCCACCAACAAACACAAAAGUCCUGUGUUAACGUUACAACAAAAAAUGCAGCUUUUGCGCUUGAUAUUUCAGACCAGGAAACCAGCACUGCUCUGGCAGCGGUCAUGGGAUCCAUGUUUGCUGUAAUUAGCCUUGCCUCCAUUUCUGUUUACAUUGCAAAAAGAUUUAAGAGAAAAAACUACCACCAUUCGUUGAAAAAAUAUAUGCAAAAGACCUCCUCAAUCCCCCUGAAUGAGCUCUAUCCUCCACUUAUUAAUCUCUGGGAAGGCGACAGCGAUAAGGACAAGGAUGGUUCUGCAGAGACCAAGCCGACCCAAGUCGACACAUCCAGAAGCUAUUACAUGUGGUAACUCAGAGGAUAUUUUGCUUCUGGUAGUAAGGAGCACAAAGACUUUUUUGCUUUAUUCUGCAAAAAUGAGAAGUUGAAGACUUUUGUAUUUUUGACUUUGCUAGUUUGUGGCAGAGUGGUGAGGACAGGUGGAUAUUUCAGAAUUUUUUAGUAUAGCGUAUCGCAAUUGUUUGACACAAAUGGCAGCUUCACCUAGCUUCCAGAUUUCUUUUCUUUUUUUCUUUUUUUUCUUUUUUUAGUUAUUGUGCUAAACUUAAUGCUGUUCUAACUGCAGUGCUGAAUAAAAUUAAUGAGAGGCUGGGGUUACCUGUGAUUCAAAAGUAGCACAACCCCAUUCUUCUGAAGCCAUCAGUAGAGUACAGUAUCUUGCAAAGCUAACAUACAGUUUUGAAACUGCAUUGAACUAGUUUUGUAAUGCUGGUCUGAGGACUCAAACUGAGAAAAAGGAGACCCUGAAGGAUGUUAGUUGACUGUACUGUAAUGUUGUAUCAACUGAUUUGAAUGUUUUUGACUUUGGACAAUGAGUUAUCUUUUUUCUUUUCGUAGUAGUUGAAAAGGCUUAGGUAAAGCUAACAGGCAAUAGAAAUGUGUACACCUGGGUUUUUAGUGUAACAGACUAAAUGUUAAUUGUUCUCUUCUUUUUAUUCUCUUCAGUAGACACCUUUGAAAAACACUGGAGUUUUGUUGUGCUUAAGCCACCGCCCCUGGUGUUUAACAAAGGCAGAGCUAUAAUAACUUUAGUUUUGUUCUGAUUUUUUUUAUUUUAGAAGUCACAAUAAUGUACUGGUUUUAGAUGUCACUAGUUUGACUGGUGAUCAUGUUUUGACAUAAAAUAUACCCAAACUGUCAUAGAAAAAUAUUGUGUUUUUUUUCUCCAUGGGAUUACAUUUCAGCUAAGUUGCAGGGUUGGUUUUUUGUUGUUGUUUUUUUUAAUGCAUUUAUUUUAAUAGUGUUUUCUCUGCACUGGAUGCAAAAUACUGAAGAUAAUUGGAAAACUAGGUCUGGCAUUUAGACUGUAAGUCACAUGCAGAAUCAAAACUGUUUGGCAUAAGGUACACAGCAAAAAAAAUAAUUCAGCGAAUAAAAACUUUUCCUUUUUGUAUACUUUUCUGUUUAUGUUCAGAGCUGAGACGGAAAUGAAGCUGACAUUUAGCUGUCAUUAUGAUCAGUUAGGACAAAAACCAACUCAGUGCUCCCAAACUGAAAGAAAACAACCAAAUCCUGGCAUUACACGUUUGGAAAAAAAUGUGCAUGGGAUUGAUGUGCCCUCAACAGCAGAAAGUGAGACAGCUAAACCCAACCUAACAGUAACAAGUUCGGGUCCGAUAUGGAAUUGUAGUUUCACCAGGCUUAAAGUCAACAAGGACUCUGAGCAUUUCACUGGAUUGGUCUGUUCAAGUGGAAGGCCUCAGCAAGCACUGGUGUGUGUGUGCGCACUGGGUACAUCAACACAUAAGGGACAGUUGAACCUACAGAAGCUUUGUACGUCGUCUUUUCUGAAUCCACUGGAGUUCUCAGCAGGACUGCACACAGGCACAGCAGGGGGGUUCUGGUGGAGCCUGUGGUUGCAGUUACACCGGAUCCCUAACGAGCAAGCACAGAGUUUUCUACGCGUUCCGACCACUUGUCGAUGUGCAACCUUUUAAAUGUUUUUACAUGCCAAAUGUUCUUAGUGAGUAAAAGUUAAUUGUUACAACAAUGGA